AUGACACACGCUUCGUGGGCUGACAAAGAUCAAAAUAAUUGGCUUGAUUCACACAAAGCCCAGUUCAUCGAGGUCAAUCAGUGGAAAGCCGCCACCAAAGAAUUCUUUCCAGAUAUGGUCAAGGACUUCUGUGAAAAAUGGCCUGUGUCCCCAGCCACACCAGAGGAAGUCGAGAAGGCCAGUUCUGAAGAAUCUGCAACGAAGAAGAAGCACAAGAAGUAUGACAAGCGUGUCCGCAAUUGGUUCCACAACAAUACAAGGAACAUGGCUUCAAACAGGGGCACUCAUGGCAUAUUAAAGGUCAAGGCUAAGCCCAAGAUGCUCCAAGCAUGGCAGGCAUAUCAUGCCCUCACCUAUCACUUCAGUCACCCAUUUUUGGGUACCUAUGAGGUUAUCCAAUUCUUUGAAUUAGGGAACCUUAGUGGUACCCCAUUCCAGAGUGGCUGUAAUACUGAUCCACUGGGCUCCAUUUUUUGUGGACUGGUUCUUCAGAUUUCUUCUGACAUUUUAAGCUACAAGUGGAGGCUAUAG